AUGGACAUCGGGGUGCCAUUCAUUGUUUCCUAUACUCUGCUGGGCUUCUUGGUCCUUUCAAUAUUUGUCCUGGCGUUCUGCUUGAAAGACUACUAUUUUAUAUAUGACCAUCGUCUCCUUUUUGUGAUUGGUUUGGUUUUUAGUCGUUCCUUAACAUACCAUGCGGUUACAAACGUAAUUAUGUGGUAUGUUACGUACAAUAUGGAUGGUGGUUUUGUGAGAUCUGCGGUUUUAUCAAAUAUCCAAGACUCUUUAUCAUCACUUUUCGUGAUAUUCAUGGCUCACUCAGCUGAUUCAUUUGUUGGAAGAUUCCGAACACUAGUAUUUUCAAACACUGCAUAUAUCUGCGGUGUAUUGAUUUUAUGGAUAUUCAAUCCUUAUGAUGUGACAUGGCUUAUUGUCGUGGCGUUGGUUCUCCAGGCUCUUGGAAAAUCAGGAGACGCUAUUUUAAAACAUGUACUUAUUGAUUUGGUAGAUGGAAUUGACACGUCAGCAGAUCGAACUAAAAAACGUUCUCUUACACGUGGAGCAAUCUGGUGGCGCAUAGCACAUGUAUUUGGUGCGAUUGCUUCAAUACUAUGGGUUGCCCCCGAUGCUUUUGGGGGCGUUCAACCAACCUGGAGAACUACAUUCUUGAUUUGUCUUAUUUCCAUGAUAGCAGCCUUGAUUAUUUUUUGUACAGGACAUAAAGUGUAUCAUCAACGUGAGUUAACUCAAAGACCCGUUGAAAUAUUCUUCAGAGUGUUUCGUGCCAAAGUACAAAAGCUACUCAAUUCAAACUCAAGAUGUUCCAUGAAUAGUUCAGUGCAAGAAAGACUUCCAGAAACUAGAAGGCAAGAAAAUGAAGGGAUUGCACUGGAUAGAUCUCCACCGCAUUUAGAUACAAAUGGGAAAAAAUACAGAGGAAAUAGUUCUUACAAAGAGGAUAUAAAGGUGGUACGAAGCCUCUUAAGGAUGUUUCCCAUGUGGGGAGCGUUAAUCGUGGUCUCCUUAGUAUCAGCAGCCGGGAGUACUUUCUAUAUUGAACAAUUCAGCAAUCUUAAAGGUAAUGAGGAAAUUCCCGCCCAGAUGUUUGAUGUGAUUCAAGAUAUUUCAGGCUUCGCUAUCCUAAUUAUGUAUAGUUGGACUCCUUUCUCCAAAAAUGAGAAGUUUAAAAUUGGUGUUGGAAUGUUUUGUUCUGUCAUAUCUUGCGUUUGUGCAUGGAGAUUAGAGGUUUCCAGGUUGAAAGCAGUCAUUGAGCAGGGUGAUGAUGAUGAUGACACGUCCAUUAGUUUUCUUUGGUUAGUUCCUCAAUUCAGCAUCCUUGGAUGCAUGGAAUGGCUUGCUGAGGAAGGGUCGUUAACCUUUUUUAAGUCACAAAUAGAAGAACCCAUCAAGAGUUACCGUGAGGAGUAUAUGGAAGUUGUGAUGUCCCUUACACUUUUCUCAUUUAAAUACUCAAAACCCAAGGGUGGUUUGGAUACGAUGUCAACAAUGGUACUCGUCUGGACAAGUAUUAUCGACUUUUGGUGUAUCUAUGCUCGGUAA